ACGUCAGCACCGCUGCGCAAGCGUCUGUACGUGAUGACGUAAUGCAAACGUCCAGGACGGGGCGAAAAUGGCGGAAUAUCUGGCAUCCAUUUUCGGCACAGAGAAAGACAAGGUUAACUGUUCCUUCUAUUUCAAGAUUGGAGCAUGCAGACAUGGAGACCGCUGCUCAAGAUUACACAACAAGCCCACCUUCAGUCAGACCAUCUUGAUUCAGAACAUCUAUCGAAAUCCCCAGAACAGCGCUCAGACGGCCGACUCCUCUCGCUGUGCUGUCAGCGAUGUGGAAAUGCAGGAACAUUACGACGAGUUCUUCGAGGAGGUGUUCACGGAAAUGGAGGAGAAGUACGGAGAGGUGGAGGAGAUGAACGUGUGUGAUAACUUAGGCGACCAUCUAGUUGGUAACGUUUACGUCAAGUUUCGUCGUGAGGAGGAUGCAGAGAAAGCAGUCAUGGACCUGAACAAUCGCUGGUUUAACGCCCAGCCCAUCCACGCAGAGCUCUCCCCCGUUACAGACUUCAGAGAGGCCUGCUGUCGCCAGUAUGAGAUGGGAGAGUGCACUCGAGGAGGUUUCUGCAACUUCAUGCAUCUGAAACCCAUCUCACGAGAACUUCGGAGGGAGCUGUACGGCCGCCGCAAGAAAAGGCACCGCUCCCGCUCCAGAGAACGACGCUCCCGCUCCAGGGACCGGCGGCGGGAACGCGAGAGGCCGAGGAGGUCGAAGGAGCGCGAGCGCUCGGGGAGAUUCUGAAGAAGCCAAGAACGACCCUCCCCGCCUUUACAUCCAGCAGUUAUAAAAAAUUAUUUUCAUUUUUUUUUGGUGAAUUGUUGGAACUUUUCUCUUUUAUUUCCUUUUUUUAAGACAAGCUUGUGUCGCUUUCUCAAUAAAACAAAUUUGUAAUUCUGCA